AAUCACCCAAGUUUCCCUCCAUUCAUUUCCAUCCAGAUUUUUAUUUUCAUUUCAAUUUCCUGAGCAUCAAUCACCAACUCAGUUUCAGAGAAAGUCUGAAGCUACUGUUUAGCUAGCUGACAAGUCCCCCGCAUAUAUACUUAUAUAGUGCUCCUUCUAUUUUAUUCUUUGUCAGUUGUCACCAUUCCAUUACUAAAACCCAAGUUCCCAACUCAACUCAACUCAACUCAGUGAGCUAACUGAGUUAGCUACUCUGCUCUUUCUUUGUAGAAACAGGGACAAAAGUGGCUCUGCUGUUUUGGGUGUUUUUCAUAUAGAGCUAGAGUCAUGCUCUCGCUCUCUUUGGGUCGACUGGUUGCGGUUUCACCUAUAAUAAAUCGCUAUGGAUCGUAUAGUUUGCAUAGCUACGGCUCCAGAUUUAACCAGAAAUCAAGCUUCAGAUUGCGAUCGAUGGCUUCCGAGUCUGACCCUUCUUCUUUUGCUCAAUCUGUGGAUUCUGAUUCAGCUGAAACAAACCCUGCUGGAUUCUGUAUUAUAGAGGGGCCGGAAACAGUGCAAGACUUUGCCAAAAUGGAACUGCAAGAGAUUCAGGAUAAUAUUCGGAGUCGUCGCAACAAAAUUUUCUUGCAUAUGGAAGAGGUUCGCAGGCUGAGGAUACAACAGAGGAUUAAAAACGCAGAGCUCGGAAUGUCAAGUGAAGAGCAAGAAAAUGAACUUCCGAACUUUCCAUCAUUCAUUCCAUUCUUGCCUCCCUUGACUUCAGCAAACCUUAAGCAGUAUUAUGCUGUUUGUUUUUCUCUUAUUGCGGGAAUCAUCCUUUUCGGUGGCCUCCUAGCACCCACUUUAGAGUUGAGGCUGGGAAUAGGAGGCACAUCAUAUGAAGACUUCAUAAGUAGUAUGCAUCUGCCUAUGCAGUUGAGUGAAGUUGAUCCCAUAGUUGCAUCCUUCUCGGGAGGAGCAGUUGGAGUGAUCUCUUCACUGAUGGUAGUUGAAAUAAACAAUGUAAAACUGCAGGAGGAUAAGAGAUGCAAAUAUUGUCUUGGAACUGGAUAUCUUGCUUGUGCUCGGUGUUCAAGCACAGGAACCCUCGUGCUUGCUGAAGCAGUAUCAACCAUUGAUGGUGGAGAACAGCCUUUAUCACUACCUAAAACCGAAAGAUGUUCAAACUGCUCAGGAUCCGGAAAGGUUAUGUGCCCUACAUGCCUUUGCACUGGGAUGGCCAUGGCAAGCGAGCAUGACCCUCGAAUCGAUCCCUUUGAUUAACAUUAAUCCCUGGCAUCUAUUGCCCCUUCACAUACAAGUUACAACCUUUCUCUUGGUGUCAUACAUAUGUCCUUCUGAUAGAACCCUGCAAUAUCUGUAUAUACAAACGGUUCAAGAUUAUGAUUAUGCACUUGAAGGGUUUUCUUAUC